GCUUUGUUUCUUCAAAAUAAAUUUAUACAGUCAACAUCCACAGAAAUAUAAUUUCUGCAAAUACUGUAACAUAAUGGCUUUAGACAACAAUCCUUGGAUUUGCAAUGUUCAAACCAUACUGAUGUUCUCAUGGUUGAAAAUGCAUAAAAUCAACACAGGAUAUUUAUCAACAAGAAGUCAAAUUUGCAAACCACAACCUGGAGAAUUGGACGAACAUUUUAUUUAUGAAACAAUGGAGUAUCUGAAGUACAUCAGCAAAUUCAACAGCAAUUGUUCAUACACUGUGGACUCGUUGAAAUGUGUCAAUGCAGGACUGAACAAAGCUCCAGAUACAUUGCCAGCUCAUCUCAACAAAAUCAGCAUCACUGGGAAUCCAAACUUGUCCCAAUUUCCAGAUAAUUUGUUUUAUGCACAGAAUAAACUAAAAGAAUUAUUUUUGGACCACAACAACCUCACAAAUCUGCCAUUUGGGCUUCCUAGCCAACUUGUCAAGCUUAGUAUGAUCGGAAACAGAAUCGGGGAUUUCACACAAAGAGACUUGGCCACAUUGAACAAUUUAACAUCCUUGCAAUUCCUCAACAUCAAAAACAAUCGUAUCAAAACAUUGCAUGCCUGGCAAUUCGAAGCUUUGCCAAACUUACAGUGGAUUGAGUUGGCUGAAAACCAGUUGAUAUGUGAUUGCAACCUUCUAUCAUUUGUGACAUGGUAUGGAAAAAUGGCGCCAAGAGGAACGAACCAAAUUACUAUGAGUUACCCAACUUGCUCAUUACCUGCUGAUGUCAAAGGGAGGGAUAUACGUCAGCUUUAUGGAUACUAUUUAUAUAAGUUACAAUGUGUGCCUUCUGAAUGCAGUUGGGAUGGACAAUCAGGAUUAUUGGACUGUUCUGCAGAAUAUCAAGUAACUACGAAGACAAUCUUAAAGUCAAAACCAAAGGCAAAUUUUCAUCAUGCACCAAUAAUUCCACCAAGCUCACAAUGGACUUCAUUGAAUUUGAGUGGACUAAAACUAAGUAAUAGCCAGAUUCAAUAUGAACAUCUCACACAACUUGAAACGAUAAAUUUAUCAGACAAUAACUUGACAAAAAUACCAGUUGAAGGAUUACCAAAAAGUAUUAAGAAUGUUCAAAUGAAUGGUAACCCAAUUGCAAAUACUCCCAAAACAAAGAAUAAAUCAUGGAUGAAAUUGACUUCACAACAGAUAAUUAGAAAAUUGAAGAAAAAAAGUAUGCAGCUGUAUCAAAAAAGAAAACAAAUUUCUAAUAAAUUGAAGAUGGUUGAAAAGAGACUGCUUUCACUUCAGCACCGCAAGAAUAACUAAUAUCCACAGGAAAAAAGGGUCCAUGCACGCUAAGAGUAACAUUACAUCGAACACAACUGCCACUAUUCAGAUGUUGAUUUCUAAGUAAUAUACCAUGGAAUAUACUUUUAUUCAUUAUUGGCAAACUUACAUGGCUAAAUUGUCAGUAAAAGUUGAAGAAUAACAUAAUAAAACGCUAAAAACAAAAAGUAUUCAAUUGUUAUACAAGGCUUCUUGAA